AACUAAUUAAUCCAGCUCGCUACCUCCGCUGAAACUAGCCUCCCCGACUCCGCAGUGCCCACACGGCCGCACCCGCACCCGCACCUCCUUCCCCGGCCACGGCAUCCGCCGCCUUCGAUCUCACUCAUUUCCCCGCAACUCCCGUUCCGCGCUCCCAAACCAGAGGAGGAAUGGCCAUCUCCUCCGCCCUCUCCUUCCUCUCCGAUCGCAGGCGCCCCAUCGUCGUCGCCGUCACCCUUUUCAUCCUGAUCUCCUCUCUCUUCCUAGUCUUCAGCCCUGCCCCGUCCGCGCUCCCGUUCUUCUCCUCCCCUUCCUCCCACCUCUCCUCCUCCUCCUCCCCCAUCGCCGCCUCGGCGCCUCCCCGAACCGCAGUUCCCGUUCCCGUCUCCGCCGACGCAUCUCCGCCCGAAACGCCAAACACCAUCGCGUCCGACGGGGUCAGCAACGGCACCGCCGGCCCGCCUCGGUCAGACACCACUGCAGCUGCCGGUGACGUUGCGGCCGACGUGCCCCAACCAGAUCACGGCACGCCCCCUGCUGCUGCCGAAGCGACUGGAUCGGCAGGCAACAAUGAGACCGCCGCCGGCGUCUCGGGCGAACGAGAUGGGGAGCGGCAGGACGGCGACGGCGGGGGUGUUGAGGAGCGGGUGGAGGUGCCGUCGUGGGAGCUGUGCGAGGUGGGGAAGGGGGUGGAGGCCGCGGACUACAUCCCCUGCCUGGACAACGUGAAGGCGAUCAAGGCGCUCAAGUCGCUGCGGCACAUGGAGCACCGGGAGCGCCACUGCCCCAUGGCGCCGAGGCCGAGGUGCCUUGUGCCGCUGCCCCCGAGGUACCGGCGUCCGGUGCCGUGGCCGCGCAGCCGUGACAUGAUUUGGUAUAACAAUGUUCCUCACCCAAAGCUAGUGGAAUACAAGAAGGAUCAGAACUGGGUUAGGAAGUCUGGUAACUAUUUUGUUUUCCCUGGAGGUGGAACUCAAUUUAAAGCUGGUGUGACUGCAUACAUUCGAUUCAUUGAACAGAUCAUGCCAAACAUUCAAUGGGGAACCCAUACAAGAACUGUCCUGGAUGUUGGAUGUGGCGUUGCUAGCUUUGGUGGAUACUUGCUUGACAGGAAUGUCAUUACCAUGUCUCUUGCACCCAAAGAUGAGCAUGAAGCUCAGAUACAGUUUGCACUAGAGCGUGGGAUUCCGGCAAUUUUGGCAGUGAUUGGAACACAAAAGCUCCCUUUCCCCGAUAAUUCAUUUGAUGUGAUCCACUGUGCAAGGUGUAGGGUCCACUGGUAUGCUGACGGUGGAAAACCAUUGUUGGAGCUCAAUAGGGUACUAAGACCUGGAGGAUAUUACAUCUGGUCUGCAACACCUGUCUAUCGUCGAGACCAAAGAGAUACAGAUGACUGGAAUGCGAUGGUUACUCUGACCAAAUCGAUCUGCUGGAGGACAGUGGUGAAAUCUAGGGAUAUUAAUAAGAUCGGAGUUGUUAUAUACCAAAAGCCGACAUCAGAUUCUUGCUACCUUGAGAGAAAAAUUAACGAACCACCUCUGUGUUCCGAGAGUGAUGGACCACGUUCUCCUUGGUAUACACCUCUCGAUAGUUGCCUUUUACCUGCUGUUUCGAGUUCAGGUGGAGGAAACAGUUGGCCCAUUUCCUGGCCUGAAAGACUUAACAUGAUACAUUCAACUACAUCUAACAACUCUUCUACUCAGUUUCCUCAAGAAAAAAUUGAUUCUGAUACAGACCACUGGAAGAACCUUGUUUCAGAAGUAUAUCUCAAUGAAUUUGCUGUUAAUUGGUCUAGUGUUCGCAAUGUUAUGGACAUGAAUUCUGGUUUUGGAGGAUUUGCAGCAUCACUCAUUCAUCAAUCUUUAUGGGUUAUGAAUGUUGUACCUUUUGAUCAACCAGAUACCUUGCCCAUCAUUUUUAAAAGAGGUUUGAUUGGGGUAUAUCAUGACUGGUGUGAAUCUUUUAAUACAUACCCACGGACCUACGAUCUUCUUCACAUGAGUUAUCUUCUUGGGGGCCUCACAAAUAGGUGCCAUAUCAUUGAAUUAGCAGCGGAAAUUGACAGAAUACUUAGACCUGGAAGAUGGUUUGUGCUGCACGACACUAUAGAAGUGAUAAGAAAGAUGGACCCAGUUUUUCGGUCCUUGCAUUACAAGACUACAAUUGUCAAACAGCAAUUUCUUGUCGCCACUAAGGGUUUCUGGCGCCCUGGCAGUACAGGUUCUCAGUCAUGAUGGCUCCUGGUUCUCCUUCAGAUGGUGUCAUGGACUCAUGGGGUACACCAAAGUUGUCUCGAUUCAUUUGAUUCUUCUUAUAGCAUAGAGCUAUAGAUGAUUAGAUGACACACUGGCGCCAUAUCAAGGGUGAGUUUCAGAAUCCCAUAAUUCUUUCCAGUUUAUUUGCAUUUAGCGAAUUGUGAUUGGGUUGGGAUUAAGGUUUUUUUUGUCACUUGAAUCGGAGAACUUAUGGGUAUAGCAAUUCCAAUAGGUUAGUGCCAACAAGUCUGUUGGUGGAUUCUGGAAGCAUUUCUUGUGAGAUAGAUCAUCAAUAUUUUGUAUAAUUAGCAAUGAUUUUUUUCACGCCUUCUUGCAAAUUAACCAGCACUAGCUUCGAAUUGUUUUUUUCCUGUUCCUCGAAUUCCUUGUUUGGUUGUCUGUAGACUAUGUGGAAUAUGAAUUUUUGUUUAAUUCAUUUUUUUUCUGCGCA